AUGGAUCUAUUUAGUGCAUUGAACAAUAUACAGAAUCAUUUCUUCAACUUCAAGGUUGUUCAACUACCGAAAAGAAAACAAUUCACCUUGAAGGAAGUCUCGGCACAUUGUACAGAGAAUGACUGUUGGAUGGUGAUCAAAGAUCUCGUCUACGAUGUCACGGAAUUCAUGCGAGAGCAUCCCGGCGGUUCUGAUAUCAUGCUCGAGUAUGCUGGAACGGAUGCAACGAUGGCAUUUGCUGAUAAACCACAUAGUCUAGAUGCAUGGAUUAUCUUAGAAAAAUAUAUCAUUGGCGAAUUGGUACCAGAAGAGAGGAUGUUUGAUAACAAAGCUUCAUCUUAA